AAAUUUCCCCUACUCUAAUUUGAAAUCACAUCCUUCAUUUUCCCUCACUUUCCCGGGAAAAUGGCGAGGAAACGCAGGCCUACAGUACCCGGCGUCCUAUGGCGCAUGUUCCGUAACCGAGCGCGUACCCUCUGCGACACCAUUAUCUCGCUGCUCCCUCCGCCGCUUGCAUCGCCGGACCUUUGCCGCUGCAAUGGCCGCCGUUGCCUUGGCUGCGCUGCCGACGCCAUGUCGUUCCUCCUUAGGCCCGACGACCCCUCCGAUUACCGCAAACUCCUCACAAAGUGCUUUGUCGUCGUCGCCGGAAAUGCGCCUUCAGUCCCCUGUUUCUGUCACUGUUCUCCUGUUACCUGCCCCCAAAAUGAGAUUGUGUGUAAGGUCAUUGAAGAGAUGCUGUGUAGAAGGCAAACAGCUAAGACCAAUGUGUUGUGCGUUGCUUAUGAUAGGAGAAAACGCUCAAGCCAUAUUGUGGAGCUUUUAAGCUGUGCAUCUUGGUGUCGCCUGUUAAGAAGAGUUGGACACGAUCUUAUGAUUUAUUUAUUGAACAAUACAUCGAUAUUCCUGCCAGCUCCCCGUGGAAAACACUAUCAGGUGGGAGGUCCUCCUAUCAAUGAGAAAUGCUUUGAGAUGCUCAAGUGCUCGUCAAAGUCUGGCUAUCAACAUCCUUCUAUUCAUAAAUGCGGAGCAAAUAAAAGAAAAAGAUCUGAAUCAGAUGAUGUUGGAAACUUAACAUGUAAGCAACAAAAGAGCCAUAUAUCUUACAGCACCGAUGGUCUUAGUGGACUUGCAAGUAGUCUUGGCUUAACUAGUGUGGAUUCUUCAACCCUAAUGAUCAAUCAUCACGAGAGCAUCAAUGACAACAAUGUCUCUGAUGUUCCCAGGCCAAAAAGAACUGCUACUGUUAUAACAAAGUCAGAAUCAGAAGGGAAACAAGGUUUGGGUAGUUGUACACCUAGGCUUGGAAAAAGAUCUAGGGCAUUUAGAUGGCAGCGGCACAGAAGCAAAAAACAGAAGCAAUCAAUGACUGAUGAGAACAGUUUACUUAUUAAUAGGAAUAUGCAUACUACUAAUAAUGAUUGUGCUCAUGCUAGUUUUCAGUGUGACAAUACUAGCCCAAGUUUUCAUGAAAAGUUGCAGAUGACUUGGCAAUGUUCUUGCUGUUUACUCUUGCAAUCUCUUCCAGCUGUUCAGAAGACAAUUGAUAUCAAAAGGCAUCUUAUCUUCUACAACAUUGAAUCUUCACCCUCAGUUCUUCCAAAGAAACAUAUUUUAUAUUCGUUAUGGCCAAAUUUGACUUCUUCAAAAAGUCUCAUUGGCGAUGUGUUUGGCUUCGUAGAUGCAAGUACCAGCACUCGGCCAAUUCCUUGUUUCCACAGUAGUGGCUCAUGUCUCAUUGGUUCUGCAUGCCUGUACCACUCCCUUGUUAAGUGGUUUAAACAUCUCAUUCGUAGGACACAGUGUUGCCAGCAUAUAAAGAUCUUGGCUAAGCAUUGUGUAGAUAAUAUUGAAGCAAUUGAUUCACAGUGUGAGGCAGUUAAGUCAUACUGCUCGAAAAGUCAAGUGGUAUCUUUCAUAUGGGCUGUUUCUAGGAGUUUAGUUCCUUACGAGUUAUUAGGUACUCCUUCCAAUCAGAGAAUAAUGAGGAGAAACAUUUUCAAGUUCAUUAACUUACGGAGAUUUGAGAAAUUUCCUUUAAAGUUAUGCAUGCAUGGACUUAAAACUUCAAGAUUUCCUUUCCUAUCAAAUGAGUAUUUCUUGAAUAGUCAAAAUGCUUGCUUUCGAACAUAUGUAGAAGGACAUCAUAAAGUGUCUCAUGAAGAAUUUAGGAAAUGGAGCAAUGCUAUACAUGAUAUUAAAUGUAAGCUUCUAGAGAAGUGGAUAUUCUGGUACUACUCUUUCCUUGUUGUACCAUUGGUGCAAGCAAAUUUUUAUGUUACUGAAAGUGAACAAGGGAAGAACGAUGUUUUCUAUUAUUGCAAACCUGUUUGGAACAAAUUGACAAAUAGAACUAUCGACUGCUUCAAAGACAGUGGAUACAGUUCUCUGGAUAAUGUGGCUGUACAAAAUAUUCUUAGAGGCAGACCAUUUGGAUUUUCAAAGCUCAGACUUCAACCAAAAGAAAAUGGAGUAAGGAUGGUGGCAAAUCUCAAAGGUUCAUCAAGAAUGCCACUGCAUAUGCCUACUUCGGCUUUGGGAGCUCAAUAUACCCGAAGAGAGGGAACAUUAACACAGCAGAAAACCAGUUCUGAACGCUAUCAAUCUGUAAAUUUUGCGCUUCGUGAUGCCCAUACCAUUCUAAAAGGUAUUCAGUGCAAGGAUCCUUUGAAGCUAGGUUCUUCAGUGUUUGAUUACAAUGAUGUUUACAAAAAAUUAUGCACAUUUUUGGUUGGCCAGAAGAAGGGAUUGACACAUAUGCCUAAUCUAUUUAUCAUCACAUCUGAUGUAUCGAAAGCAUUUGAUUCUGUUGAUCAGGAGAAACUGCUUGGCAUAAUGAAAGAUAUUCUUGUGGAAGAUGAAUAUUUUCUAAAGCAGUAUGAUCAAAUUGUUUGCACAAAGAAAUCUUUUUGGCAACAAAAGAAAGUUGUUCGAGUCUUUAUAUGUGCACCUUGUGCCCUCAUCUGUGCUCUAGAAACUUUUUGUAAAUAUUCUAUACUAUGCCCAAUUGAACUCUAUAUAAUGUCUCAGGAGCGUCGGAAGCACGUGAGGAAGAAAUUGCUAUUUUCAUAUCUUACUGAGCAUGUGAAGCACAAUGUGUUGCAGUUUGAUGGGAAAUUUUUCUUGCAAGGUGUUGGUAUUCCCCAGGGAGGUGUUUUAUCUACUUUGCUUUGCUCCUUUUAUUAUGGACAUUUGGAGCAACAUGUGAUAUUCCCAUUUCUUAGAAGGGCACUUGAAUCUGGAAGUUGCAAGGAUAAUGAUGCUGCGAACACCAAUAGUGGGGAUAAAGUCUCAUCUCCAUGUUAUCUACUAAUGCGAUUUAUUGAUGAUUUUCUUUUUAUAUCAACUUCAAAGAAGCAGGCGGCUAGCUUUUUGUCCAGGAUGCAAAGAGGAUUUCGUGCUUAUAACUGCUACAUGAAUGAGAGUAAGUUUGGUGCAAACUUUGAUGUAGAACAGAUGUCAGGUUCCCUCUUGAACAGGAUUUAUGUGGGCAAAGAUGGUGCAACUUCAUUUAUUCGUUGGAGUGGUCUGCUAAUCAACUCCUCAACUAUGGAAAUUCAGGCUGACUACACAAGGUACUUAAAUAACCAUCUAAGCUCAACACUUACAGUUUGCUGGCAAGGAAAUCCAGGCAUUAAUCUAAAGGAGAAGUUGUACCUCUUUUUAAGACCUAAAUGCCAUCCUAUAUUCUUCGAUUCGAAUAUCAAUUCAGAUGCUGUUGUCAGAUUGAAUAUUUAUCAAGUAUUUGUGUUAUGUGCUAUGAAGUUUCAUUGUUAUAUUCGUGACCUGACAUUCAUCUGCAAACUUCCGAAAAAAUAUUGUUCGGACAUUAUUUGGAGAUCUUUGAGAUAUAUGUACUUGUUGAUAAAGAAAAGGAUGCGCUCCAUGCGUCUCGGUUCUGGUAUCCGGCCAAUUCUUAAGUUGAAGAAGCAAGAAGUGCAAUGGCUUGGGCUUCAUGCGUACGUACAAGUAUUGAAGCGAAAGGAAUCGCGUCAUAAGGCAUUGCUUGCGUCAUUAAGGUCAAGGUUGUUGUCAUCACCUGAGAUAUCUAGGUGUGUGACACCUGACCUGAUUUAUGCAGUUAAUGCCAAAAACAACACUUUGCUUUGGAGCAUCAAGUAUUAGUUCCUAAAGAUAGGCCUUUAGGAUGUAGCUAUUUUCUUUUAGUUUUGUGUUGAAACAUUGAUAAGCACUUCUACCCUGCAUCACGAAAAUGAUUUUGUAAAAUAUGCAUUACUU